AUGGACACCGAUCGACCGGGAAGUUUUCUCGACAUUAACGCGAAAGGAAACGAAAGCCAGCCGCGAAAUAUGUUUGGCAAUGAAUCCCGGUUGAUGUCAGCCAGCCAAUCACGCGCUGCCAUUCAGGCAGACAUCGAGGAUAACAGCCGCGAGGCAGUUAUAAAUUUACGGAUUGGAGUGCGUCUGAACAAGUUCAUCGACAUCCUGAAAAACGUGAAGGAAUUCAAGCUAAACGAAAACGACAGAGAAGUCGCGGCGUUUUUGACUAGCUUGGAGGCGACAGUGAAAAACGUUGCCGCGGGGGAAGAAAACGCGCUGUUCCUCGAGGAAGAGAGAUGGAAUAAGCAGCUCUCCGUUGCCUUUCGCUUGCUGACAUUGCGCGCGUCGAGGGAUUUACUCACCGCGUGGCUAGAGGCACCGAACCGCGUCAAUAUGUACUGCUCUCACCUGUACGUGGAAACGGACCCGUUUAGUCCCAGGAACAGCGGGUUCAGGAUUCGUUUAGCUCGCGUGGAAGGUGGUUCGGCUGGUCUGAAAAAGCUUAUUGCUCAAACAAUGGCUGAAGUUAGUCCUGAGGACAUCGUGGACCACGCUUUAUACUGCGGAAAACAGCUCUUGGGCGCGAUCGCACCGUCAUGGAUCGACCCGCCGCUGAGCGGAACGCCGAGCGAAGACGAAAUCGCGGAAUGGGUGGCCAGAGUCAACCAGGAAACGAUCAAAACGCGAGAGGGGGCCUUGGAAUUCAUAAGCCAGCUCGAAGGGAUGAAAAACUGGUCUAUUGAUCAGACGAUCUCCUACCUGAGGAAUUGGUCGGAGAAGGCGAAGCUCACCAACGUCUUCGCGCUGGACCACCAAAGCGAAACGCCCAUCAUAACGAUCCAGAAUAACGGAGAACUUAGAGCUUUGGGAAUACGAUGGAGCCAGGAAAAUAACCGUUACCAGGUGGAGCGCGUGAGAAAGCCCAACUGGUGCUACAAUUGGCGCGUAGUAACGGAAGGCCGGAACUUGGGCGAAGCAGACGGAGGUUUCCGCCCACCAAACGCGUACAAACGACCAGCUCCUUCGCGACCCGGCUACGGAAAACGCGGUAGAGGUGGAAUGCGCCGCUAA